AUGACUGAAGCAGCACAUUUCGAUAUGCCUACCUGGCCGAUGGAUAACCUCCUCGAUCAGCAGACAAUGGCAUCGCAAGAUCUAAGUCCACACCCAUUCAUCGCCAGCGACUUCCAGUUCGCAAUGCAAGAAGACCUAGACCCGAUCUGGUCUGAACAGUUCAACUGGAACGAAUACGCAUCCAAGACAAAUACAUUCCAGCCAUACCCACAACUAUGUAAUCCCCUACACCUCCAGCCACUGCGAACAGCCCAACCGAACGCAAGUCCCGAAAAUCCCCCGAUCCAACUCCGCGACGCCCUCGCAACCGAACGCGCCCUCUUCAUGACUCCCUCCCCGAACCCCAUGGCCUAUCCUUUCCCGACUUCGCCGAGUUCGGAUCCUUGUCUGUCGCCUGACUCCAGUCAUGCUUCGGCUUGGGAGGAGAGCGACCGGGAACGGGAUGAGGGGCUGCACAUUAGUACCUUUGGUGUGGAUUUGAAUACUCACGGCCAAGACCAAGGCCAUGUCCAGAGUCGGUGUCAGACGCAGGCUCAUACAUCUCCACGUCGAUACUCUGAAUACUCCACACACAGAGUCGACGAAGAGGAAGCGCUUACACCGCUGGAAAUGCCAGAUGGGAGUACGCGCUUCACGUCUAAUUGGUUGCCUGUUGAUCCUGAUGCGGGGUUUACUAUUGGUUCAGCUGGGAUUCCGGGGUUUGGGGAUGAGAUGCACUUCGGUGAUAUGACGAAUGCGUUCUUUGUUUCGAACACUGCUGUUGCUCCGGCUUGGGGGUAUGAUGGGUGA